AUGGUUUCUCAGUCCCCUGUCGUGGCCUGGGGCAAUGUCAGCUGCUUUUCAGAGACGCAGCCGUUUGACGCGUGCUGCCUUGCCGGGCUGCAGUUGUAUGACACGACGAACCGAUUGUGCAUGUCCAGCUGCCAGCCACGGUCGUGCUUCCGUCAGAGAUCGUACACAAGCUGCUGCCAAGCCGCGAGACCGCUGCGAGUGUAUGGUCGCAGAAAGGCAGCAAACCAGUGUUUCAGUGGCUGUGGAGAACCCUCGUGGGCGGAAUUCCUGCGAGUCUUUCGCUUGUCCCACGGCUGCGUGCACUGUAUCGGGCGACACGACCUGAUACAAGCCGCGGAUGCCGUCUUGAAGCAGAGCUGGGUGCGAAGCAUCGAAGCUUGCCGUGCUGGACGAAUCGCUGCUGCCUUCGUGGUUCUAGUGGCUGCCGCCGUGUCUCGGGCAUCAACAGCCCCUCUGGCAGUCCAUUCUGCCGAGGCAGCAUCGCUAAUCACAGGCAUGAUGGCCUGCGAUCAUACCUCGCUGCAAUGGUGGCAACUUCUCGGUGUCACAGACCGGCAGAUGCAGUAUGUCGUUGCACAGAUGGAGCCGAUUCCGUUUCUCCGGUCGAGCAUAAAUCUCCCGGCGUACCUCGGUGAGGCUUUCAACUGGUCCACUGCCAGCUUGGACAUCGGCGCAGGAGGAUUCGGUGACACUCUCUACAUGCUGGCGCGGCAGAUGCGUGUGCUGGCCGUGGAUGCUCGCCCAGUUACUUCAGAGCCCUGGAUGAUGAGCCAUGCUUGGAAGGCUGCUCGCAAGGGCCACCUUGAGGUGCUGCCACGGGCAGUCACUGCUAUCGGUGGGGCCACAGUCCCUCUCUUCCUUGACAGGCACGGGCAGGGGCUCAUGAGCUCGCUCAACACGACCAUCGUGCCAGGCGUCGACCUCCACGCUCUGGAGGAGAUCCAGGUUCAGAGCAGCUCCUGUGAUGAGCUUCACAGGUACUGGGCACGCGGCCGCUCCGUCACGUACAUGAAGGUGGACGUGGAAGGGCUGGACGUGGAAUGCGUUCGCAAGCUCUCCAGUGAUAUCAGGAUGUCGCAUGGAGCUAUCUCCAAGCCCGAGUUUUUUUCCAUCGAGCUCCCGGACUCUGCCGCCAAAGUGCUGGAACUUAUCGAAGUCUUGGGGGGCAUGGGAUAUACGUCCUUCAAAAUCUGUCGGCAGCGAUUGUAUAACCUUCGACUAGCACGUGGUCCACGUUACGCAGCAUCUGGCCCAUUCGGUCAUGAUGCGGUUGAUUUUCUUCGUGGGCCCAGAUGGCGCGGAGCUUCUGAAAUCACCCUGGAGCUCCUCCGCCUUGUCAACUGGGAGAGAAGGAGAUAUCUUGAAUGGUUUGAUCUUCACGCUGCAGACAUCGCAGCCAAAAGGGGGCACAGCAUAGAGGAGCAGUACGAGUGGGAUGAGACUGAUCCAGUUCUGCCUAGCUUCUUGUGCGGUGCCGAUGCAGGGUCCUCAGCUGCCCAGGACAGACGUUUCGGCUGGCUCCGUGCAUCCUUCUUGUACAUUCUGAGCCUGCCGUCGCAUUUUCUGAAGACCUUCGACUGGAACGGAAUUCGGCGAAUAUGGUACGGUCCGAAGUCAGAGGAGGAUGGGGUGCGAAAAUUUGGCGUGACCUCCAUGGUCGUGAUCAACUACAUGCUCUACCGUGCCUCCGCGUUAUUAACCAAGGUUGUAUUCCUGGGCUUGUUCAUUGCAUGGUCCUUGAGCAGUGCGGAGGAGCUGGAAAAAGCUGUGGAUUUGACGAGACUGAGCCUCAGCGACAAGUGGCAGAGCCCUCCGUCGCUGGCAUGUCUUUUGGGGACUUGUGGGUAUGUGUACGGCCGUCACCAUGAGUGGGAUCACAGACAGUCUGUGCAGAUGCCACCUCCUGCCCAGCAGUGCGAGAUGUUUGCAGGCUAUGAGAAGUUUGUCAUGGACAAAGUUGCCACUGGAGAGAACGCAACUUUCCUGUCCUACUCAGAAGAGGUGGCUCCCAGAGCAAGGCGACUGGCUGCAGCAACUGCCGGCGUGCAGGUCAUGAUGCAGACCUUUUCUGCCAUUCAGUUGCAAAGCGCCGGCCUGACUACCUGGAAAGCCAUCAUCAAAAUGAUGGCUUACGGCUUCUUUGCCAUGAGGUACAAUCUUUACUUCGCUUGGGCUGCAAUCAUUACCUUCCCCUUCCUGAUCACAUUCGUGCCGACUUCCAAUCUGCUGGACUGGACGCUCUCUGAAAAAAUCUUUGCUCACCAUCUCGAGGAGGCGCGCAGGCACUUCCACACAGAUGAAAUCGUAGCAGCGUGUAUGCUGAACGAUCCUGCCGAGACGUUUGAAGUGGCACGUCCCGUCAUCAAGGCGGUGUGCCCUGUUCUUCAGCAACGUGUUCCGUAUGUUAUGCCGGGCGUCGUCAGGGUGACGGUGCUUGGCAGAUCUGUGCCGGUUACAAUUAGCAGCUGGCUACCAUGGUUGACGAAUAUGGUGCCAGAGGGGACAAAUUUGCAGCGGGCCCAGCUCAUGAACCGUCAGUCGGAAAUUGAGUGGUCCGUCAUGAUGUGCCCCACAGCGUUCUCGCAGUUCUGCCGCCGAGAGGCAGCGACGGCACUGACGGAGCUAAAAGAGGCGCUGCGUGAGAAGCAACAGGAGUCCACGGAACUGGCUGCGUACCAGCUGCACUUUGCAGACAAGGUUGCGGGCUUGGACGAGGUUCCUCUGCGGCUUUUCAGUCAAAAGAGGAACUCCCGUCUGGAUGGGAUUCUGGUCCGAGCCGGGGGCGAUGGAAGUGGCUGCACAGAGCCACCGUCAGUUCAAGCAGAGGAUGCUGUGGUCGUGGUCGGUCCCAUGGAGCGAGGUCGGGGCUCGUGCAGCGUUAGACAUAUCUUGCGCCUUGCGGGCAAGGUUAGUGUGCGGGCGGUCCUGAUUCUUGAUCCGAAGCGCCUUGUGAGUCGGGUUCCAUCCCCUCCAAGGGUGACAGUUGGCGUUGUUGCCUCUGCGCUUGACAGUCAGGCCAUCCUGCAUCUGUUGGAAAAGCCUGAAAUGCACGGUGGGAUCCACGUCGACAUUCGGUAUUCUCCUGUCUUCGGCCUACAGGCUUCCGCGCGAACCCCCGCCGGCUGCCUCUGCAAAGGCCUGGGCUACGACUCGGACUGCCGGGUCCGACCGGCCGAGCUCCUGAGCAAAUCCUCUGAAGGCAGGAGCCCAUACCCGUGGUGCGAAACGGCCGUAUUCGACUAUUGGGGAGUUCCUUGCAAACAGGAUUUCGACCUCUGCCCAGACCUGAGGGGUGAGGGCAUUGCCCGUUGCUUGAAACUCAGGCCCAUACCACCAGAACCGCAGAACACGCCAUGUGUCAGCAUCAUGCAACACAGAUGUUCACAUGGCCUGCCGGUGCGCGUGUCCAGGUCUUCCUCCGGGUGA